AUGACACCGCAACACCAGCAGCCGUAUGUAGAGGCAGUGCACGGCCCGUGGUGCACAGACAACGUUGAUGGCGGUGGGUACGAGGCCGAUGAGGAAGACGAAGACGUCAGCGACGACAGCGAUGAUGAUGAAGAGGAGGAGGAGCAGCAGCAGCAGCAGCAGCAGCAGGGGACGAAAGAGGAGGGGCAGAAUGCUGGUUGA